AUGGUCACAUACUCCGCCCAAAGACCCGCUCCCAGAGCUCCACGAUUUUCCGAGGUAAUGGGGUCUCCUCCCAAGAAGCCACCAACACCAUAUGGUCCUCCAGCAUACACAGAAACAGAUCCUUCUAAGAAUGACCUAGAAUAUGCGAAGAAGAAGAUUCGCGAUAUGGCACUUUCAUUGCCGACCAAGAGUGACGAGGCGCUGGCGCAGACUGGGAAAGGGACCGCACUGAAUAAUGCAAUUACCAUACCUCCAAACGAUAACCAAUUAUCCAAAGAUACUGCUGGAUCUUCGAAAGUGCCCGAAUGGAAGAGACAAGCAAGUCUCCGACCUCGAUUGCCCAGCCUUUCUUCGAAUAUGUCUGGGGACGAUCUGGACAUUGCCUUUGGCUCGCUGCCCUUACGAGACGAAAUGAAGCCUAUCUGUGACAUGCGCAAGCGCCGAAAAUGUGCUCACAAGCCCAAAGAUGAGUUGGAUGAGAGUCCCAUGUUUAUCUGCCUGGACUGCAGAAACAGACCAAUCUGCGAAGCUUGUAUCAGGGAUGUUUUGGCAAACCCCCAGGAUCCUCAUCAAGCUGACCAUUAUCUUUACCACUGGAAGGCGACAUCAUCACUUCAGUUCGAUAAGUUUCUCUGGGAACGAAGACAUGGAGCUAGACUGCAUUUCGGACCGAAAGAGAUGCUUGGAAGGGAAUGGUUGUAUUCAGAUCACAGCUUUGCGCCCUCAAGCACUGGAAACCUGACUGUGCGCUUUGUGUUAAAUGCGCAGCCAGGCACUUAUUACGUGUCGGUUGGCGUCCGCACAUAUGUGAACCCUGCAACUAUUAAUAAGGAUAAACUUGGCAAGAGCAAUUAUUCAAUGAUCAAGGCCGGCGUGACUUGGAUCGGCUCCUUAGCAGUUGGAACGCAGACUAUUGAUCGGGGGGCUGUGUCGGCUGGCAAGGGAGUCAACCCCUGCCUUCAGAGGUUGCCGGACAAGAUUGUCGAACAGGAGGUAAAGAAAGGCACCGAGAAUGAAGAGACAAUUCUUGCGUCGGGCACCGUGAAGAUCUUGGAGGGCCAGGCAGUUGAAGUAUCCAUUCGACAUUGGCACGACAAAGGAAUCUUCAAGAGAGGCAGUCCAUUCAAAUGGUGGUUGGAUUCAAUCACAUUGACUCCAGUGGUUGAGAAGGAGCAGAUAGCAUCAGAAGCAGAUCUGAAGCUCUAG